UGGCCAAUCAUGAAGAGCGGCGACAAGGAACAGGAAGUGGCAGCGGCUGGAGAAAGAUGAGAAGAGAGGAGUUGGCAGGCCGAGAGUUCUGCUUUGGUGAAGACCGGAAGCCUUACAGAUGUGAGAUAGGAUACUGCUGUGGUGAUACAGAGUGCUGCACUUACUACUAUGAGCUGUGGUGGUUCUGGCUGGCCUGGACGCUCAUCAUCUUGGCAGGCUGCUGCUGUGCAUAUCGCCACCGUAGAGUAAAACUCAGACAUCAGCAGGAGCUGAGACAACGUGAGAUCAGCCUUAUGGCCUACCAGGGGGUCGCUCCAUCUGCCUCUGUUGUAACUGCCUUAGAGGCCUGGCCAACCUGCAAACUGCCAACAUAUGAAGAAGUGACCCAGGACCCACCCACCCCUCCACCACCCUAUUCUGAGAUUUUGGAGGAGACUGUCACAGGUGAACAGAGCCACACUCUUCCUGCAGUUAGUGCAAGAUCUAAACUUACAAAACUAUCUCAGCAAGAGGGAGCAUCGCCCGAAGAGGUAUCUACAGCAGAUCAUCUUCAGUAUCGACAUGACUAUACAGAUCAGGAGAGUGCCAGUGCCUUGGAGAGGAGACGCCACAUCACAGGGGAUUCAGGAAUCGUCCUUUGUGAUGAGAAAAUCAUGUGCUUGAGCGGGAGAGAAGACGAGACUGACCUGUGUAGGGGCGGAUACGUCCACAUGGAGACAGAAGAGAUAGACAGACAGGGGAAUACUUAA